AAUGGCGAGGCGAGGGAGACUGGGGACGGCGGAGCUGGCUGGGUGGCUGCCCGUUUGCGGCUGGACGGUCCAGGGGAACCCGUGUCGCUGCGCAGCCGCUUGCUGGAGCCGCGGAGGGAGAACUGGCGGCCAGUCUUGCUUUUGCCCUU